AAACUUUGGUAAGUCCAUAUUUUAAAGUAUUAGUUCUAAUAACUAAGAAGAUUAUUAUAUUUUAUUAUUUAUGUAUGAUUUCAUUUUUUUUUUUAGAUAAUUAUAAUUAUGGCUAACAAAAGGCGCUAUUCGGGAAAGAAAAGGAAAAAUUAUGGAAAUUUGGUCAAGGCUAAUGAAGCUAAAAAGGCUAAGCGGCAAAACGCACUGAAACAACAAGAGAAUGUGGGAAUGUCACACGAGAAUGAUACCGAAGAAUCACAGCUGCCUUCAACAUCAACCACAAAAGUUGACAAAGAAUUGGAAAUAGUGGAAUCGCAAUCAGAAACAAUACGAGUGACAAAUGAAUGUCAUCAGACUAUGUCUUCAAGAAAUAGUCCAGAGUCGCACGACGACUACCAGCCACCGCAAGCUCGAGAAUGCGGAUGGCGAGCAAUGGGUAGUUCGCCGCCAGAAUAG